UGAAGCCACAACACCAACAUCCUAUAUCAGACGCCUCGUGAUGUGUUCAUGACAUGGAAUUUGACCUUUGUCCUCUGAUUCGCUUCUAUCGAUCCCUCCGCUGGCCCUAGACAAAUUCCUUUGAGUGUUGCAUUGUGUGCGCGCACACACACCGCGAGACUCCCCUCCCUCUUCCCAAGAUUCUCCAGCAAACGACACCAUGCGUUUAGACGUCAAAAGACAGCUCUUUGCCCGCUCGGAGAGAGUGAAAGGCAUUGAUUUCCACAGUACGGAACCAUGGAUUCUCACCACUCUAUACAAUGGCCACGCACAUAUCUGGUCUUACGAAACACAGUCCAUCAUCAAGACAUUUGAACUCACCGAUGUCCCUGUACGGGCCGGCCGAUUUAUCGAACGAAAAAACUGGAUCGUAUGCGGUAGUGAUGAUUUCCAACUACGAGUCGUCAACUGGAACACAAGCGAGAAGGUCAAAUCCUUUGAAGCGCACCCCGAUUAUAUCCGAGCCAUUGUGGUCCAUCCUACCCUCAGCGUUGUUCUUACCGCCUCGGAUGACAUGACAAUACGAAUGUUUGAUUGGGAAAAAGAUUGGCGCUGCGUCCGUGAAUUUGUGGGCCAUCAACAUUAUGUCAUGGGUCUUUCGAUCAAUCCCAAAGACACAAAUGUGUUUGCAUCAGCUUGCUUGGAUCGGACCAUCAAGGUAUGGAGUAUCGACAACGCCACAGCAAAGCAGACCAUCGAGGCCCACGAAAAGGGUGUCAACCACAUCGACUAUUACCCCCACAGUGAUAAGCCUUACCUGCUAAGCACCUCAGACGACAAGACCGUCAAAAUCUGGGAUUACACCACCAAAGCUCUCAUCGCGACCCUAGAAGGACAUACCAGCAACGUCAGCUUUGCUUGCUAUCAUCCAGAAUUACCCGUCAUCAUCUCUGGCUCCGAAGAUGGAACAAUCAAACUCUGGCACGCAAACACCUACCGCUUGGAACAGUCACUCAGCUAUGGCCUCGAGAGGGCCUGGUGUGUUUCAUACCAACGCGGCAAACAGGGCGUGGCUAUGGGUUUUGAUGAUGGUGCAGUUGUUGUCAAGAUGGGGCGGGAAGAGCCUGCCGUUUCCAUGGAUAGCACUGGAAAGUUGGUUUGGGCGCGUCAUAAUGAAGUUGUCUCUGCGAUUGUCAAAGGUGGCGACUCAACACUGAAAGAUGGUGCUCCAAUUGCUCUCCCAAGCAAAGAUAUGGGUACUACCGAGAUCUACCCCACCACGCUAUUGCAUUCACCGAAUGGUAGAUUCGUCUCCGUUUGUGGAGACGGCGAAUUUAUCAUCUACACUGCCCUGGCAUGGAGAAACCAAGCAUUUGGGCAAGCACUUGAUUUUGCAUGGGGCUCACACCAAAACCCGACCGAUUAUGCCAUUCGAGAAUCCAGCACGAGUGUUAAGCUGUACAAGAAACUCAAGGAGGGUGGAAGUCUCGACGUAGGCUUCCAAGCCGAGGGACUUUCUGGCGGAGUUCUGCUGGGAGUCAAAGGCCAAGGAGGCAUCGGUCUCUUCGACUGGGAGACUGGUAACCUCGUUCGCAGAAUCGAAGUUGAACCAAGAGAGGUCUAUUGGAGCGAAUCCGGAGAGCUCGUUGCUCUGGCAUGUGCCGACACCACAUAUGUGCUGCGCUUCGAUCGAGAAGCGUACCUUGAGGGUCUCAAUUCUGGCCAAGCAGAUGAGGAUGGAGUCGAGGCUGCGUUCUCGGUCGUGUCCGAUCUGCAAGAGUCUGUCAAGAGCGGCGAAUGGGUUGGAGAUGCUUUCCUCUUCACGACGACAACGCGGCUCAGCUAUUUGCUCGGCGAACAAGUCGUCCACGUGGCUCAGUUCGACCAGCCGAACUACGUCCUACGCUACCUGCAGAGAGACGAACGAGUAUAUCUUGCUGAUAAGGAUGUCAAUGUCGUCAGCUACAGCCUGUCUACAGCCCUUCUCUCUUACCAGACCCUGGUGCUCCGGGGAGAACUGGAGGCGGCUCAGGACCUUCUCACAGACAUCCCAUCAGAUCAACUGAACAAGAUUGCACGCUUUCUGGAAGCUCAAGGCCACAAGGAAUUGGCCUUGGACGUGGCCACAGACCCCGAACAUCGAUUCGAGCUCGCCUUGGGGCUCAACAAUCUUGCCGUCGCGCUUGAAAUUGCCCGGGAAUCCGACAUUCAAGCAAAGUGGUCGGCAGUCGCCGACAAGGCUCUCGAGGCAUGGGACAUCAAACUUGCCGAGGAGUGCUUUGUCAACGCAAAGGACUUGGGCAGUCUUCUGUUACUCUACACAAGCUCUGGAAACGCCCAAGGUCUUCACCAACUCGCCAAACAAGCCGAAGAAGCAGGGAGCAACAACGUCGCGUUUGCCAGUCUCUGGUCGACGGGUGAUAUUCCGGCAGCGAUCGAAUUGCUGAAGCGAACUGACCGACUCAGCGAGGCGGUGCUCUUCAGCCAAACAUACAAACCAUCUCAAACCAAGGACCUGGUCGUUGAGUGGAAAGAACAACUCGAUAAACAGGGCAAAGCUAAGGUCAGCCGGUUGCUUGGUGUUCCCGAGGUCGAUGAUGACUUGUUUCCUGAAUGGGAAGAGUACUUGAAGUUGGAGAGUGACGGGCCGGCAACCGGUGGAGACCUGAUUGAUGUCAACGGCGGAGAUGACACCGCGGUGGACGAGGGAGCUGAAGGCGUAGACGACACCGCUGUUCCUGAGGUCGAUGUAAAAGCUUAGGGUUGCAGUAACUUGUGCAUGGGGUUGAUGAAGAAAGCUACCAUAGACUUUGCUGGUGCAACUCGAACCUUGAAAAUGGACGAGACGGAUGAUGGUCUGUUUCUUGAAACUGAAACUGAAGAAGAAUGGGCUUCUCCUUGCGUCUCUUUCACCCACCUUUGGACCUUAUGUUGCCCUUGACACCAGAAACAUGUUUGACUUGAUGCCAGUGGUUGACUCUUCCCUCAAGUGAGCGGGGGACUAUAAAGUAGAGGGACUCAGGAUGCUUCAAUCCGCGAAAGUUAUGGUCUCCUAGUGCUCGGAUCUCAAAUUGUUGGUGGGUCAGCUUGUCCUGCACGGCAUUGGAGCUGAGUUUGGGUAGACUCAGUUCAGUCGGAACUGCCUCCUCC